AUGUCUGCCAGACCUUCAAGCCACCACUUUGGAUCAAACAGCUCAACAUCAUCUUCUCGCUCAUCAUCAUCAUCCUCUUCCGACUCGGGUUACAGACACAGCAUGGACGCCAUUGCUCUCCCCAUCGCCUCAGUUGAGGUUGUUCGCUGCAUGCGAUGCGCUCGCUCCGUCGAGGCUACUUCUACCGACGACGUCAGCACAAUGGGCAUGGUCCGCAUCGCCCACAACCUUUACUACUGUGAACGCUGCGCAAAGAUGGUCGGCUACAAAUAA